GGUAUCUAUCUCUUCACAAACAUCUACUACUGAUUUUUAUUUUUUUUGGUUAUGUUAGAGGUUUUGAGGAUUCUUGCAUGGCCCAGUCCUCUAUCUAUAUAGGAAGAGUCAUCACAGUAAGCUUUGCAUCACAUUCAACAAAACAUUUAUUGCUGCAACCAUGAGUAGUUCCAUGGCCUUCUUUACUCUUCUGUCACUUCUCCUGGUCAUCACUGAUGCAAGAAUGGACCCGAUUGAUUCUCUGAAACCAGCUCUCGAAGCCCAUGGCAUGGAUCUCCAAGUGAAGAUUACGUCCGAUUUUGAUACCGAUGAGAAAGCAAAUGUUUUCUUCUACCCUCGACAGCCCAAGGAUGUUUCAGAAAAGAUUACGUCCGAUUUUGAUACAGAUGGGAAAGCAAAUGUUUUCUCCUACCCUCCUCAACAGCCCAAGGAUGUUUCAGGAAAGAUUACAUCUGAUUUUGAUACGGAUGGGAAAGCAAAUGUUUUCUUCUACCCUCGACAGCCCAAGGAUGUUUCAGGAAAGAUUACGUCCGAUUUUGAUACGGAUGGGAAAGCAAAUGUUUUCUUCUACCCUCGACAGCCCAAGGAUGUUUCAGAGAAUGAGAAAGACCGCCAACAGCCCAAGGAUGUUUGAAAGAAUGAAUGAUGUGUUUAGUUCUUUAAUUGAUCUCCCUGUUCUGCCGUCCCACCUCUAUGUGUGCUCCAUCUCAUAAUGGAUGUAAUGUUAUUUACCAGUCAGUAAUAAGUGCACCUGCACUGCAUAUUGUGUUUAAA